UGAAGGCAGCAGCAAGAGCUCAUCUGUUGGACAGGGAAACUAAUCAGGAACCAAGUAAAGACUUUUCAGGACUGCUAGCUACGAGGCUAGCAAGCUUUAAAAGUCAGCCGUCCAGACGACUUAUUAUUGUAGACUUAGUUUAUGAAGUACAGUGUAUCUUCUGUACCGUACUUAACGCUCAAGCUAUGUUUUAGUAACACGGCUUUGUUGCGCUGAAAGUAGCGAGGCGGACAGCUUCUGGCCAGCUGAAGCUUGCCGCUAGCUCAUUAACGUUAGCUGGUAAAUAAGUGGAAGCGGAGGCAGGAAAAUGGAGCUGGACGACGUAGUCCUGUAUCAGGACGAUUCUGGCAGCUCGACCAUGAUGUCAGAGCGGGUCUCAGGGCUGGCCAGUUCAAUAUACCGCGAGUUUGAACGGUUAAUCGAGAAAUACGACGAGGACGUAGUGAAGGAGCUGAUGCCGCUGGUCGUCGCCGUGCUGGAGAACUUGGACUCGGUGUUCGCUGUCAACCAGGAGCACGAAGUGGAGCUGGAGCUGCUGAAGGAGGACAACGAGCAGCUCGUCACCCAGUAUGAGCGAGAGAAGGCACUGAGAAAACACGCAGAGGAGAGGUAUAUCGCCUUCGAAGACUCCCAGGAUGGUGAGAAGAAAGAGCUCCAGUGUCGACUGGUGACGUUGGAGUCACAGACACGUCAGCUAGAGCGGAAAACUAAAAACUAUGCAGAUCAGAUCAGCAGAUUUGAGGAGAGAGAGGCAGAGCUCAAGAAGGAGUACAAUGCCCUUCAUCAGAGACACACAGAGAUGAUCCACAACUACAUGGAACACCUGGAGCGCACAAAACACCAGCAUGCAGUGACCACAGCAGAGCCCUCAGAUACAAGCACAUCAACCAGAAUACGGAAGGAGCGUCCCAUCUCCAUGGGAAUAUUCCAACUUCCUGGGACUGAUGGUAUGACCCUUGAUGUCCAGAGGGAACCUGUUGACACCCCCUCUGAGCCAUGGAGAUUCAACAACCUCAGCCAUCCGAUGUCCAACACAAGCCUCAAGGAUGAAUUGUCUGGUUUGAACUGUGGAAGCUCCAAGUCCAGUUCUCCCGCCACACAGGGAAGUGCCUCCAAAAGUGGAUCGCCGGUGUCUUCACAAGCUGGAGGAUCUAAAUCCAACAAUCUCAUGUCCUCCCAGGGUGGCAGCUCAAAAAACACCCCCACAUCGACAUACAAUGCUAACUCUCAGUCUACCACACCACUAUCUCCCCACGAUGGAGUGUCAGCUGUCAGAGCUGGGUCUGCCUCUGCCACAUCCCUGUCUACUGCUGCUUCCGAUGUCACCAUGGAGUCUGUGGAUAUGCCCCUGCAGGAGCAUGAAGUUUCAGACAGGCUCAACAAGAACCUGGACAGCAACAGUGGGAAACCAGAGAGCAGUAAGAAUAUUACAGCGGUGCAGGAAGGACAGCAGGGUCCUGAUGAUGGAGCAGACAACCUGGAAAAGUCUGAGGUGCAGGCCAUCAUAGAAUCCACUCCAGAGCUGGACAUGGACCUUGACCCAAGAGGAACAAGCACGCCUUCUAAAAGUGGCAUUGAGAAUCUUGCAUUUGAUCGCAACACAGAGUCUCUGUUUGAGGAGCUGUCGUCAGCAGCAAAUGACAUGAUAGGAGACGUGGACGAAGGAGCCGAUCUGCUGGGUAUGGGUCGCGAAGUCGAACAUCUUAUCCAUGAGAACACCCAGCUGCUGGAGACCAAAAAUGCUUUGAAUGUGGUGAAAAAUGACCUGAUAGCACGCAUGGAUGAACUGACGUGUGAGAAGGAGGGCCUGCGAAGUGAGCUGGAUGCUGUCACUCAGGCCAAGACCAAACUGGAGGAGAAGAACAAAGAAUUAGAAGAAGAACUCAGGAAAAUUCGAACUGAGCUUGAGGAGGCCAAACAGAACGUCAAGCAUGACAACGAGGAUGAUCAGAGUGAUGUGCCAACAGCACAGAGAAAGCGCUUCACCAGGGUGGAGAUGGCCAGAGUCUUGAUGGAGAGGAACCAGUACAAGGAGAGGCUGAUGGAGCUGCAGGAGGCUGUCAGAUGGACAGAGAUGAUCCGGGCCUCAAAGGAGAAUCCAGCUCUUCCAGAGAAGAAGAAAUCCAGCCUCUGGCAGUUUUUCAGCCGUUUAUUUAGUUCGUCGGGCGGAGCAGCCAAGAAGCCAGCAACUGAAGCCCCGGUGAACGUCAAGUACAACGCACCCACCUCUCAGAUUCAGCCAUCCGUCAAAAAGAGGAGCAGCACCCUGCAGCAGCUGCCCACUGACAAAAGCAAAGCCUUUGAUUUCCUCAAUGAGGAAGUGGCAGCUGAUAAUGUGGUGUCCAGGCGAGAGCAGAAGAGAGCUCAGUACCAGCAGGUCAAAGCCCACGUCCAGAAGGAGGAUGGCAGAGUGCAGGCUUACGGCUGGAGUCUGCCGAAGAAAUACAAAGCCAAUGGUGGUCAGGCAGAGGGUAAGAUGAAGAAUCUACCUGUUCCUGUCUUCCUCAGACCACUGGAUGAAAAAGAUGCUUCUAUGAAGCUGUGGUGUGCUGCUGGUGUGAACCUUUCUGGAGGUAAAACCAGAGAUGGAGGUUCCAUCAUAGGAGCCAGUGUGUUUUACAGUGAUGUGCCUGGACCAGAGAGCCCUAAAAAGAAAAAAGGGUCUCAGAGCAGCCUAGAUAAACUGGAUCAAGAAAUCAAGGAUCAGCAGAAAGAGUUGCGGCAGCAGGAAGAGAUGUCAUCGCUGGUUUGGAUCUGUACCAGCACCCAGGCCACUACUAAAGCUGUUGUGAUUGACGCCAACCAGCCUGGAAACAUCCUGGAGAGCUUCUUUGUGUGCAAUUCCCAUGUCCUAUGCAUCGCCAGUGUACCAGGUGCUAGAGAGACUGACUACCCUGCUGGUGAGGAAGUAGCUCCAAACUCUGAGACUGGUCCUGCAGGAGAUGGCAGUUCACAGUCAACCAGUAGUAGCUCAACAGGUGGCGAUGCCAUUCUGGGAGGCAUCACUGUUGUUGGCUGUGAUGUUGAAGGGGCAGCAGCUAUUCCUCAGACAGCCAUCAGUCCAGGAAAAGAUGGAGAAACUGACUCCAGACCAGCAGAAGAAGCAACAGAGGCGACAGAGGCCAGCGCAGGGCCUGAAGACCAUAGGGAGAGCUUGAGGGAAGCCUACACAGAGCACAUCUUCACUGAUCCACUGGGAGCUCAGCAGACUGCAGAGGCUCUGUCCAACUACUCUCAGAGGGAGAGUGACCUAGUAAAAGAUGGUGUGAGUUCAAAUCCCACAGCAGAGGAGCAGGACCUGAUGAGGGAAGAGGCUCAGAAAAUGAGCAGCGUUCUGCCCACCAUGUGGCUCGGAGCACAGAAUGGAUGUGUGUAUGUGCACUCAUCUGUGGCUCAGUGGAAGAAGUGCCUCCAUUCUAUAAAGCUGAAGGAUUCUGUGCUCGGCAUAGUGCAUGUGAAAGGUCGUGUAUUGGUGGGUCUCUCUGAUGGCACUGUAGCCAUUUUCCACAGAGGAGUAGAUGGACAGUGGGACCUGACCAACUACCACCUGUUAGACUUGGGGAGACAACACCACUCCAUCCGGUGCAUGACUGUAGUACAUGACAAGGUGUGGUGUGGCUACCGGAACAAGAUCAUUGUGGUGCAGCCCAAAGCCAUGAAGAUCGAGAAGUCAUUUGACGCCCACCCUCGUAAGGACAGCCAGGUGCGUCAGCUGGCUUGGGACGGCGAUGGCAUCUGGGUGUCCAUCAGACUGGACUCUACCCUCAGGCUGUUCCAUGCCCACACCUUCCAGCACCUUCAGGACGUUGACAUUGAGCCCUAUGUCAGCAAGAUGCUGGGUACAGGAAAACUAGGCUUCUCUUUUGUGAGGAUCACAGCUCUCAUGGUGUCAUGUAAUCGUCUGUGGAUCGGCACUGGCAAUGGAGUCAUCAUCUCCAUCCCUCUGACAGAGACUGCCAACAAGGUAGCCAAGACAGCGAGCAACCAACCAGGAAGUGUAGUUCGUGUCUACGGGGAUGACAGCGGUGACAAAGUGACCACUGGGACAUUUGUUCCAUACUGCUCCAUGGCUCAUGCUCAGCUCUCUUUCCAUGGUCACAGAGAUGCUGUCAAGUUCUUCACAGCUGUCCCAGGUCACGCUAUUCCAUCUGUGUCCUGUGGAGGAGAGGCAGCAGGUGACAAGGCAACAGAUGUCACAACUCAGGAAGGAACCAAAUCCAUGUUGAUGAUGAGUGGCGGAGAGGGCUACAUCGACUUUAGGAUGGGUGAUGAGGACGGUGAGGUGGAGGAAGGCGAGGACCCCCCCAUGAAACUGCAGGGUAAAGCCGAGCGCAGCCACCUCAUCGUCUGGCAGGUCCUGGCCAACGAGGACUGAACUCUGACCCGGGAUUUUGAUUUGCCUUUUUCUUUAAACUCUGCUGCCAUGCAGGAGGAGUUCAGAUGGACGACGUUCCUCUGCAGGCACGAGUUUGAUCAGCACUUUUUUCUUCCUCACACCUGAACAAUAAGAGUGAAACGAGCAAAAACUGCUCUGAGAGCUACUCAGUGGUAAACUGGACUGAAGCAGUGCAAACAGAUCCAACUGCAUGUUAUCGUUUUAUUCUAAGUUGUUUGCUCUUAUUUGUUCUUUUUUUUUUAUAUUGUAUGGAUUUAAAUUACAAUCUGUCAUUAUGCCUCUUUCAUUUUAAUAUUAUUUGAGGUAAAGCUGUUAUUGGCUACAGAACUUUUAGUUUGUUAUAUUUGCUCCGCAGAUACAAUGAAUUUUACUCCAGACAUUUCCAGUUCCCCUUCACUCAGUUCAUUUAUUGUAUGCCCAUGCUGAACUUGACCUGAUUCUAAAUCAGUCAGAUAUCGGUCAGAACUGAAAAUAAUCACCGGUGAGCUCCCUUAUUGCCAUUCAAUAAUGUAAGGCCACUGCAACCAUGUGGAAGCAAGUCAUGUGGGAUUCUGGACAGAUUCCAUGUUUUUCAUCCUUUGAGAACUCCGCUUUUGAUUGUAUGCAAGUCAAAUUUAAUUGAUCGCCAGAUUUCUCUUAGUUGAAUGCAGUUGAUCAGAUUCAUGUGGUUGGUAUCUGUUUGAGCAGAGGAUGGCUCCAUAUUUCUCAUAAUAUCCUAGAUGUUGCGCUCCAGUUUAUGCCUCUCAUGCAUGUAUUACUGUUACAUUUCAGUCAAAGAGCUAAGCAAUCUGAUUUCCAAAACUGGCAAUCUUUUGAAAACCCAGAUUUUAACACCCUAACCCUAGAGAGUGAACAAAUCAACCAAAUCAAUCAACAAAAUACCUGCUAAGCAUAUUCAUUGUCCACAUGUUAUCAUGCUAACAUUAGCAUUCAGCUUAAAGCAUUGCUGUGCCUAAUGCUGCAUUCCAGUCAAUGUCAGAAGUCAGACUGGGAAAACAAUUAUGGUUGAUUCUUCUGGUGCUCAAUGCAGAUAGCUACUAAUGAAGUAUCAGAAUAACUGACACACUAGUAGCACUUUUAGCUCUUUAGAAGUGUUAGCUAAGUGGGCUAAGCAAUAAUUAUAGUGUUAGUAGUAUUACUUGAUGAAGAUAGCAACCAAGAUCUUUGUGAAUGAAUGAUGCACCAUACCAAUCACUCUAAGACGAUUCAUGCACUAUUACUAUGGAAAACACUGGUUCUGUUAAUGCUGGAAGUAACACUUGUAAUUCAAGGAAUCAUAUGUGUUAGGAAAAAAGUGGAUACAUUUUAUUUUACUGCACUUUGUUACUUGCCAACAUAUCUACAUAUUUCAUUUAUUAGACCAAUACAAUUACAGUCAUCUACAAAUACAUUCUACCACCUCUGCAUGGCUGCCGCCAUUGUUGUUUGAUGUCAGACAACUGCUCUCAUACGAAGUCAGGGUAGAGGCAUUUGCCCUGAGGUUACCAUUAGAAAUUCCAGCUUGGAGUAGUACCAGUAGGAGGUCAGACAUUUAGGAGUUUCAAGUUAUCUGGAACGCAGCAUUAUGUCUGCUGAACAUUAACAGGCUAGCAUUUUCAUAAGCUCCACUGUGCUUGAAUACAGCUUCGCACAGCAGCAAACGUAAAUAUAGACUGUGAGUCUUGUUCAAAGAUCACCAGGUAAUGCUCGUUCAGAAAAUUAGAUAAUUAACUUGUGACUUGAAUGUAAUGAUAAAACAUGAGCAGCGCAAACUGGAGCCUAACUCACUGACAAAAUUCCAUUCACAGAACUUGUAAUUCUGAAAUAAAAAGCAGCAGCUGCUACAUCUACCACUGCACAUCGUAAAUCUGUCCUCCUUCGAUUGCAGUGCUGAAAAAUCCACAGACUGGUAUUAAAUCCAACACUAAUGCAGCUUUCUGCCAGUCCUCUGCUCUCAGUCCACCCACACCCAGCUUGUAGACACUUUAAAAACAUGCCUUAGGUAUCAAGGUUUGAAAGGACUAACUUAUAGGCUUUUCAGGUGUGACAAAGUAUUUAUUUUUUCUUGAAAGUAUGUUACGUUGGCUACCAAAGGUUAAAGAAUGCUGAAACAAUACUAGUGUCACAUUUUAACAUGGCACUCUCUAGCAGCAUGUUUGAGUCUGCCUCCAUGCAGAAAAUGUGCAAGUUUUUGUAACAGAAAUCCUGGUUAAUAGAUAAGAUAUAUUUUUAGACUUUCAUAUUAGGAAAUUGUAAUAUUUUCUAGAUAUGAGAGAGGAGAAUGUGCUUGACCUGUUACUAUGCGAGGAAAAAAAAAAACAAGCAGCCACACUAAGGAUUUCAUAAUCCCACUUUAAGUUACUUACCUUGACAUUUAGAGGUAAAAAUUCAAACAUUAACAUUUUUUGUUUUGCCACACUCUCAGCAAAUUGAUUAUUUCAGAUGAUGUUGAAAAUCAAAAUGUUUUAAUUCUUUCUUAUUAACUUUUCUUUUUUGUAUUUCUUUUAGACUGUGCUCUCUGAGGACAGUGCACAAUAUGUUCAUUUUGGGUAUAAUAUAAGGCUGUGUGUCUGGUCUCUGUAUACCAGUACUUAGUAUUGAACAGUAUCAGAGGAGGCAUGUCUUCAUCAUGAGAGUGUGUGAGUAUGUAUGCGUGUGUCUCUUCUCUUCAGGAGUGGAGAGAAAUGUUAUUGCAGUUUAGCCAUUGCAGUAUUUAUUUACAAUGAUUGAGCCUUUGCAAUUCAGAAUGUAUCUUUGUACAUUGAAUAUGAAAAUAUAUAUGAUUAUAUAUGUAUGAAACAUGAA